AUGGAGUUAAAGAUUGCAGGCAAAUAUAGGAUGGGAAGAAAGAUUGGUGGAGGUUCUUUCGGUGAAAUUUACUUGGGAACCAAUAUAGCCACCAAUGAAGAAGUGGCUAUUAAAUUGGAACCUGCCAAAGCUGUACAUCCUCAAUUAUUAUUUGAAUCAAAAUUAUAUAAGAUCUUUGCAGGAGGAAUUGGUAUUCCAUCAGUAAAAUGGUUUGGUUUUGAUGGUGAUUAUAAUAUUAUGGUUAUGGACUUGUUAGGACCAAGUCUUGAAGAUUUAUUCAAUUACUGUGGUAGAAGAUUCUCAUUAAAGACUGUAUUAAUGUUGGGCGAUCAAAUGAUUAGAAGAAUAGAAUUUAUUCAUGCAAAUAACUUUAUUCAUAGAGAUAUCAAACCAGACAACUUUUUGAUGGGUAUUGGAAAGCGUGGACAUGUUGUAAAUCUUAUUGAUUUUGGUUUGGCAAAGAGAUACAGAGACCCAAGAACUCACCAACACAUCUCUUAUCGUGAGAACAAGAACCUUACUGGUACAGCUCGUUAUGCCAGUUUAAAUACUCACCAAGGUAUCGAACAAAGUAGACGUGACGAUAUUGAAUCACUUGGUUAUGUAUUGAUGUACUUUAACAGAGGCAGUCUUCCUUGGCAAGGACUUAAAGCCUACACAAAGAGAGAAAAGUAUGAAAAGAUUUGUGAUAGAAAGGCUCAUACUGAAAUUGAAGUAUUAUGUCAAGGUUUCCCACGUAUAAAAUUACUUCGUGAAAUGUUUGUUAGAGAAGGAUUUAAAUAUGAUUAUAUGUUUGAUUGGGUUAUUAUUAGAAAAUUGAAAGAAAAACCACCACUUUUAAAUUACCCAUCAUCAACUCAAACCAUCCCACCAUUGCAUGGUGGAACGGCUUCAAGUCAACCAUCCCAAACAACAUCGACUGGCGCAACAGCAGGAGUAGAUAAAAAAGCUGAACCAGCCUCAACCAUAACUGAAAAGGGGACUGCUACACCAGCAAUUACAGUAAACUCAAAUCAAGGCAGCUCAACCCCUGCUGCCAACAGUACCUCUGCCACUCUUGGCACUACAUUUACUAGACAGAAAAAGGUCAUUCAAAUGUCGGACAACAAUGCCUCCUCCUCGUCCAACAAUUUAACCUCCCCAACAACCACCUCGACUACAACCACAACCAAUACCUCUAAAGGACUCUACUAA